AUCACGAUAUUAAAAAAGAAGAUGGUACCUUCUACGAAUUUGGUGAAGAUAUCCCGGAGUCACCUGAGCGUACUAUGACUGACCAAAUCAAUCGUCCAAUCUUUUUAUGUCGGUUUCCCGCUGAAAUUAAAAGUUUUUACAUGAAACGUUGUGAGGACGAUCGUCGUGUAACGGAGAGCGUGGAUGUACUGAUGCCUGGUGUUGGGGAGAUCGUGGGAGGCAGCAUGAGGAUUUCUGAUUUGAACGAACUUUUGGAAGGUUACAAACGAGAAGGUAUUAAUCCAACGCCUUAUUACUGGUAUACGGAUCAACGAAAAUACGGAUCAACGGAACAUGGAG